UUUUACCACACGGCCAUUACAUUUUGCCCACUGCCGCAAAAUUCAAGCUUGAACGUGCUUGGACGAACCAGCGAAAAGCAGCAGCAACGCAUCCCAUCGGCGGUUACUGCCACAAGCCAAGAUGCAGCGUGGUGGUGGCGAUGGGGAUGGGGAUGAGCCGGCAGCGAAGCGACCACACCUGCUGUUUGGUGGUGUUGCCUUCUCCGAGGAUGAGCGCGAUCGCAUCCAAAAGGCCCUCAACAUGAAACUGGGUGCCGAUUUCAUCAGUUACCGACCAGGCGCCGGCGGCAACGAGAUUGCGUACGUGCAGCAGUGGAUGGUGUUUGACAUUGCAAAUCACACGUUUGGAUUCAAUGGGUGGAGCCGGUCCAUUCGCGCCGUCAACAUCGACUACGCCGACAAGAAAGGGAGCAAGUAUGAAGUGGGCGUCUCUGCCAUCAUUCGCGUCACCCUCAAGGAUGGUGCUUAUCAUGAGGACAUUGGGUAUGGCAAUGCCAUCAUGCCCACGCGCCACCAAGCCAUGGAAAAGGCCAAGAAGCAAGCUGUCACGGAUGGCACAAAGCGCUCGCUCAAGAUGUUUGGGCAGAUCUUUGGACAGUGCUUGAACGACAAGGAUUACCAGCGGUUUAUUCGCCCCCACGCCAAGAAGAAGCGGGAGGCUGUGGAUUACUCGGGCAACCUGUUUGAUUCGAGCGCACUGGUGGGUGGCAUGGACACGUCCAUGUACGCGUCCCAGAUAUCACUGCCAUCGACCCCCGCACCCUCGGUUGCGUCUUCGUCGACAGGGGCGGCCCGCAGCGCAACGACGGUGCUGAAGGAGCACGAGAGCAGGCAGAGCCUGAGGCAGGAGUUCCACCAGCACUUGGAGCGCAUGCAGUCGUCAACACCCGCCGCCACCUCCACACAUCACCAACAACAACAGCAACAACAACAACAACAGCAGCAGCAGCAGCAGCAGCAGCAGCAGCAGCAGCAGCACCCAAAGUUCAGGUCUGCUCGGUCACUGUCCACGUCACCUCAGCGCGGCGGUGGCCGUGUGAACGGGCGACCAACUGGUUCGCAUACGACAGCCACAUCGCCAUCAUCAUCAACAACACCAGUGGCAACAACGACAGCAGCAGCAGCAACAUCGCCCUCUUCAAGAACUGCACACAGCCAUCGUCGACACAGCAGUCGGGGGCCCACGUCGACAUCAUCCCCUUCCUCUUCAUCAUCGUUGUCGUCGUCAUCGUCGGGAGCAUCGCCAAACGGAAAGCAAGCCAGACGCCACCACCAGCACCAGCAGCAGCAGCAGCAGCAGCAGCAGCAGAGCAGCGGGGGUAACAGGCGGCCACAGACGCUACGCAACAGCACAAACACGCGCGCUAACAGCGGCGUGCGGAAUAAUGGCAACGGCGGCGCGUGUGCGUCAACCAAGCCCACCCCCAACACAUCAACAGCACCAACAGCGGCAGCAGCAGCAGCACAGGUCAAGGCGGAACACAAGGACCGCCCUCCGCUGCGGAGAAGCAAGAGCGACCAGGACGACUUUCUCCCAGAUGACCUGGAGGAGAUGUUGAUGGCUGCGGAAUCGUCACAUCAGGCGCAGAGCAUGUAGCCACACCCUGCGCUGGUCUGUGCACAUCCCAUCCCAUCACGCCAAAUUGCUUGUGCUUGUACUGAUGUUUGUGCUGUAUUAUUCCGCAUGCAUGUGCAUUUUGUUUGGUUGGUUUAUGCUUUACGUACAUAUGCUGCGCACAUCAUACUCAAGCAAGCAAGAAUAAACGACGAUUGUACAAUG